GUUCAUAGCGGGAAUAGCCGUUUUUUGGAAAAAGGCUUCAAAAUGAGAUCCUCAACAGUAUGGUUGUUUUUAGCGCUGUUAUCGGUGGCAUUGAGCACAGAGGUUAAAGAUUUAGAUGCAGUCGAUGAACAAUCAACUAAAAGAGAUGUUCCAACAGUAGCAGUUGGAGUACCUCCAACACUUGACGAUGAAGGAAAGUUAACAAAUGUUACCAUGAAAAAGCUUUUAUCUGAAACAAAUAGGUACCGUCUUAUGCACGGUGUCACUCCCCUCGGUAGUUGUCCAGUUUGUUCAGAAGCAGCUCAAAAACACGCAGAUGAAAUUGCAGCCUCUGGUGUUGCAAAGCCUGAUCAUAAUUCAAAAUAUGGUCAAAUAAUUUUUUCAUCUAAAGAUCCUGAAGAUAUAAAUCAAGGAGCAGACUACUUUGGAACACUUGUUCCUGCUCGAAUCUACAAUCAAAUAAAAAACUUUGAUUUUGUAAAAGAUGCUUUCAAAGAAAAUGCUGCUGAUUUUUCACAGUUGGUCUGGGAAGGAAGCGAAGUUGUUGGGUUUGCUAGUAAGAAAGCAGGAGAUACAGUUUAUGUGGUUAUGUAUUUCAAUCCAGCUGGAAACAAUGAAAGUUUAAGUUUUUAUGAUAAUGUUCACAGAGUUACAGGAUCUGGUGAUAUGCAGCAAAAAAUAAAAUGUCCAGAUGGCUGGAAAGCUAACAAUGGAAAUUGUUACAAAUUAUUUGAAGAAGAAAUGGCUUGGGCAGAUGCUGUUGAUCAUUGUAACGUUCUGAAGUCAUCUUUAUUUUCUGGCGAAAGUGUAGAAGAAGGAGCAUUUUUAAAAACUAUGUUGGUUGGAAGAAGCUCUCCAUCUUGGAUUGGAAUGUCAGAUAUGGCUGCAAAAGGUGGAUUUCAGUUUGUAGACGGCACUCCAUAUGUAUAUUCUGAUUGGAGCAGAGAAUCACAACAACUUGUUAUUGAUUUGUGGAACACAAAGAAAGAAACUGUUAAAAAUCAAUGUAUUACUGCAUCUUAUGAAGGAUGGAAUUAUAAGGAUUGCUUUAAAAAACUGCCAUUUGUUUGUAAGAUGAGGCCAAACGGUAUGACUAGUUAUUCGCUAGAUUUAUACUUUCCUGGUAGUUCUUUCACUGAUGAUCUAUAUGAUAUCAACAGCCAACGAUAUGCAACAAUGAAAGGUGUUAUAACAAAAGCUUUUAACGAAUCAUACGGUAAAGACAUCUGGUUUGUUGGUUCAACGUUUUAUCAAUUUAUGUCUCGUGAAAAUGGUGAUGUUGCUGCAUCGACAUUGCUGCGGUUUGCUCCUGAUGUUCGUGCACCAGUUGACCCUAUUACUAAAUUAAGAGAUUAUUUAAGAGGACAGACUGAUCUAAAAAUAUUAUCUGUUCGUUUAAUUCCAGGUUCUGGUCGAGGACUCCUUCCUAAUCAAAUUACUGGAACAUGUCCUUCUGGUUGCAGUGGAGACUGCUACCCAGAGUGUAAACCUGGAUGUUGUGGUCAGGUCAAUUUAAAUGCACCUGUUCAACCGUCUGGUUAUACUGCUUGUUCUCAAUACCCAAAUUGUGGCCUAUCGUGUCAGUCUAGUUGUUCUCAGUCAUGUUGUCAGCAGAACCCUUAUCAACCAUCAGUGAUGAGUGGUACAAUAGUCAUUCAACCUAACGAACAGAGUGUUUGCCCCCAACACCCUGGUUGCAGCCAACAUUGUGCGCCAAGAUGCAGUCCUCAAUGCUGCCAACAAUCAAUGAACUCGCUAUAUCAGCCACCUCAAAUGUCAGCUUGUCCACAAUUUCCAAGUUGCUCUCCAACAUGCGCCCCACAAUGCUCUCAGCUAUGCUGCCAACAAUCAUCAAUGCCUCUUCAGAUGCCACAAAUGCCAUCUUGUCCACAGUUUCCUAGCUGUUCAGCUUCAUGUGCACCACAAUGCUCUCAACAAUGUUGCCAACAACCAUCAAUGUCAAUUCAGCCGCUGCAAAUCUCAUCUUGUCCACAAUUUCCAAGUUGCUCUCCAUCAUGUGCACCACAGUGUUCUCAACAAUGCUGCCAACAACCAUCAAUGCCUAUUCAAUUACCUCUAAUGGGUUCCUGCUCACAAAUGCCUGGAUGCUCAGCAUCAUGUGCACCACUUUGUUCUCAACAAUGCUGUCAGCAACAGUCUAUGCUUCAGCAGUCAAUUAUGCAACAACCAAUGAUGAUGGCACAAAACCCUUGCUCUCUUCAGCAACCUGGAUGCUCUAGCGCUUGUGCACCAGCAUGCAGGCUAAGUUGUUGUAGUCUUGGACGAAUGAAUCUUGGGCGCAAACGAAGUCAUGUGCAUCAUAAGAAACUAAAAACCUCCCGUAAGAAAAAGCAAAGUAAAGCCUAAUAUAUUCAUGUUUAGUUGAAAAGCAACUUUAAAACACUGUAAUUAAAUCAUUCUCACGCGAUUCCAUCAUCACGCGAACAAAAGUUUGUUCUUUGAAAAUUUUUUGAAUUGUUGCGUACACCUUUUUUUUUCUUUAAAUUGAUAUUCUAACAUUUUUUUUAAUGCAAGAUUUGCACAUCGUCAUAUAAAACUGAAGAAUUUUUUUUGAAACGCACCUUUUGAUACCGAAAUAUUUUUUUAUAUAAAUGUAAAACAGAAAAUAAAUUU